GGUGGCGGCGGAUUCGGAGGCAGGGAACGCUUCUCGUGUCCGGCAAGCUGCUGGUGUCAACUCUGACCUGGUCCGGGGGCUUCGGGGAGCCAGGCCGAGGGAGGAAGGGCCUGGGGGCUACCCUGCUAUAUCCCGCCUUGGCUCGGGUUCUUGGGGCCAUUGAGUCCUGGGCCACCGCAAUUCCUCCUCUGGGAACCCCUGUCGCGUCAUGACUCAGCCCUAGGGUUCCUCUCGCCUGCUCCACAAUACCCUUCCCACGCCAUGUGAUCCCCCAUCACCAUCCUCGAGGCCCUCAUUCACAUCAUUACCCAAUCUCAGGGGUCUCUCCCAGUGCCUCGUGACAGCCCCCACUCCCACCUCCCAGCCCCCGCAGGAAUCUCCGCUGUCGUCUGUCUUCCGCGCGCCUGCGAUUCGGACGUCUCUCCCCAAGGAUGUUCCGCCGGGAGCGCUCCAUCCCCCUUCGAGGCUCAGCCGCCGCCCUGUGCAACAACCUCAGUGUGCUGCAGCUGCCCGUCGGCAACCUCACACAUUUUGGAGUAGUCCAUGGACCCAGCGCCCAGCUUCUCAGCGCUGCUCCUGAGGGUGUGCCCUUGGCCCAGCGCCAGCUCCAAGCUCAGGAGGGCGCUGGAGUGAGCCCCCCACUUAUCACCCAGGUCCACUGGUGUGUCCUCCCUUUCCGAGUAUUGCUGGUACUCACCUCACAUCGAGGAAUACAAAUGUAUGAGUCUGAUGGCUCCGUCAUGGUCUAUUGGCAUGCACUGGAUGCUGGAGAUUCCUCUCUAGUGCAGGCUGUGUUUGCCCGAGGAAUUGCUGCCAGUGGCCACUUCAUCUGUGUGGGAAUGUGGUCAGGCCGGGUACUGGUUUUUGACAUCCCAGCCAAGGGUCCCAACAUUGUACUGAGUGAAGAGCUGGCUGGGCACCAGACACCAGUCACAGACAUUGCCACCGAGCCUGCCCAGGGACAGUUGGAUUGUAAACCUCUCGAAAACAGGGACUGUGUGGCUGACAUGGUGACAGCAGAUGACUCAGGCUUGCUGUGUGUCUGGCGGUCAGGGUCCGAAUUCAAAUUAUUGACCCGAAUUCCAGGAUUCGGGGUCCCGUGCCCUUCUGUGCAGCUGUGGCAGGGGACCAUAGCAGCAGGCUAUGGGAACGGGCAGGUGCGUCUGUAUGAAGCCAGUACAGGAACUCUACAUGUCCAGAUCGACGCCCACGCCCGGGCCAUAUGUGCCCUGGAUCUGGCUCCUGAGGUGGGCAAGCUACUCUCUGCGGCUGAGGACACCUUUGUACACAUCUGGAAGCUAAGCAGAAGCCCAGAGGGUGGCUACAUUGAGGUGGAGCACUGUCAUGGAGAGUGUGUACCCGACACCCAGGUGUGUGGUGCCCGAUUCUGUGAUCCCUCAGGCAGCUCCUUUGCUGUGACUGGCUACGACCUCGCUGAGAUCCUGAGAUUCAGCAGCAUGUGAGAGAAAAGCAGCCCUCCGUUUCCCCUGUGCCUAUCCCCAGUCCAGCAGGGGAAGGGGAGGCCAAGCUGGCCAACCUGCUACAAACAGCGCCGACUCCAGAGCCCAACUGCACACCG